GCAAUGUCAUUCCUGCAGAGUUUUAUGGCCCGCUUCGUGCCGGUGGUUAAGGCCUCAGACGAAGAUGCCGAAUUGGUCGACCCGCAAAAAGUAUUACGAGAAAAAUGCCAAGAGCAGCCAAAGUGCGUUAAAUUCCAAGAACGACUUUCAACAUGUAACGAUCGAGUAAACUCUCGUACGAAGACCGAGGAGACUUGCCUCGAAGAACUGAUCGAUUAUGUCAGCUGUGUCGAUCACUGCGUUUCUCACGAUCUCUUCAGUAAGCUAAAAUAA